UAUCUCUUCCCAACUAUCCCAACACCCAUUCCCCUUCCCUUUUUUUAUUUCACUUUUUUCUCUCUUUUCCACGUCCCUUCUUCUCCUACCCUACCCCCUCUGCGCACAGCGCACCCCUACUCUAACCAGCGCACGUUAGUCACCAUUUCCAAGUUAAGGUUUUAUUCAUCCCUUUUCGUUCACAAAAACCCGAAGUUGCACCACUGCCUCGCCUUUUCGAUAUCAUCCAAUUUUUUAUACUUUUUUUAAUAUAACUUUCUGAAGCUCUGCUAACAUGCGCCAUCAAAACGCAGCCGUUUGAUCUCCGUCUGUCCAUUUGUUCUGACAACGUUGUUGUUCUUGUUUUGUCUGAUUGAAAGGGUGGGUCAACUUGGAAAGAAUAUUCGGCUUUGAACUUGAUGCCUGACAUAUAAAGUUAUAAUCAAUGGUUUUGCAGUGAGGGAAAAUAAGUUCUAUUUUGUUGUUGUUUUAGUAGUGUCCAUUUUAGAAGGUAAAGGGUUUUGAUUUUGAUAGUGUUUUGUGAGUGAUUAAGAGGUUUUUGUUUUAGGUAUGGAGAGUGAGGGGUUUAAUUUGAAUAGAGAAACAAGUGGUGGGAAUAAUGGUGGUAAGAUUGGUGAUGGUUUCGUUGAUAGAAGUAAAGUGCGGAUUUUGCUUUGUGAUAGCGAUGUCAAUAGCUCUCAAGAGGUUGUUACACUUCUGUUAAGAUGCUGUUAUCAGGUUAUUUCAGUGAAGUCAGCAAGACAGGUAAUUGAUGCACUUAAUGCCGAGGGAGAUCACAUAGAUCUCAUACUAGCUGAAGUUGGUCUUCCGAAGAAGAAGGGCAUGAAGAUGUUGAAGUACAUAGCACGAGACAAAGGAUUGCACAGAAUUCCUGUUAUAAUGAUGUCUGCACAAGAUGAGGUAUCUGUUGUUGUCAAGUGCUUGAAACUUGGAGCAGCUGACUAUCUAGUAAAGCCUUUACGCACAAAUGAACUAUUAAACUUGUGGACGCACAUGUGGAGAAGGAGGCGCAUGCUUGGACUUGCAGAGAAGAACAUGUUAAAUUAUGACUUUGAUUUGGUAGCAUCAGAGCCUAGUGAUGCCAAUACAAACAGUACCACCUUAUUCUCUGAUGACACCGAUGAUAAGUCCAAGAGAAGCAUUGUUCCAGAGACAGGAAUUUCAGGCCAACAAGAGCAAGAGUCUACUGUUGCACUUUCUGCUGCUGUUUAUGAAACUCCAGAUCUUCAUGCAUCAGAAUGCUUGCCUGAUGUCCAUGGAAUAAAUGAUCAGCUAACAGCACAUUUUUCAUCUGGUCCAAAGAAGAGUGAACUAAGGAUUGGGGUUGGGGAAACAUCAGCCUUCUUCACUUAUGUUAAAGCAUCAAUGCUAAAGAGAAACCUUGAAGGGAUUGACCAUGUCGACAAAGAUGCUGCCUCACAUAUGAGAGAUCUUGAAGGGAUUGAUGAAGCAUGUGUUCAACAAGGGGCUAGUGACCUCAAAAUACGUGAAAAUCGAGAGACGUGUGAAAGUCAAUCGCAAAAUGACUUACCCAGCAGCAAUAUACCUGAUUCUUUAUCUAUUGAGAGAUCUUGUACUCCACCUGCAUCAAUGGAAGGUUCACAGCAAAACCAUUACAAGGAAAAAAAUUUACAUCACGGUCUAAUGCAUCCAAGAAAUGGGACACACUAUUCAGAGCUUGAAAUAUCUGGCGUGGCUGCACAACAUGCGUAUCCAUAUUAUUUGUCAGGGGUUAUUAAUCAUGUUUUGAUGCCUUCUUCGGCACAAAUGUAUCAAAAGAAUGUGCAGGACUUGCAGAAUCAUGAUAGUACAUCUAUGAUUGGGCCCCAGUACAAUCAUCUUCCACAAGGCGGUCCUCAUGCGACCGGCAUGAUGUCCUUCCCAUAUUACCCAAUGAGUAUGUGCUUACAACCGGGUCAGAUUCCUACAGCUCAUUCAUGGCCCUCGUUUGGAGGCUCAAGAUCAUCCGAAGCAAAAUUAACUAAAGUUGAUAGAAGAGAAGCAGCGUUGAUUAAAUUCAGACAGAAGAGGAAAGAGCGUUGCUUUGAUAAGAAAAUUAGGUAUGUCAAUCGGAAACAACUGGCUGAAAGAAGGCCUCGUGUGAGGGGACAGUUUGUCAGAAAGUCAAAUGGUGCUAAUUUGGAUCUUAAUGGACAGCCUCCUUCCAUUGAAUAUGAUGAUGAUGAAGAAGACGAAGAUGACCGGAGAGCUAGAGAUUACUCACCUGGGGAUGUUUGAAUAUGUCAAAUUGCUAUGUCGUCCAAAUGAUAAUCUUGUCAAGGAUCUGCUUCUGUUCCUUGCUUCAAUGGAAAGCUGAUGCCUCAGCAUUAAUUGGUCAUUACUUGCUUUCAUAUGUGAGGCAUGCUGAUCCAGGGUACCCCGUCAUCGUUCAUAGUUAGGUCAUUUUCAGAAUAUUGCUUCCUCAAAUGAUUCGUCCAACCCGUGAGAUCUUUGGGAAGGUAUACCUCCUGUUGGCGAUGUCCAAUGCGAUUGAAAGUAUCACACCAUGCUUACGCCUUAUUGAACUGUUAAAAGCAGGCUGUGCUUUCAUAUUUUAUUGUUAAAACACUUAAAAGUUGUCCCGAGGAAUGAAUUAUUUUCCCUCACAAUUUUCUUUGUACAAUUUCUUUUACCUCUACUCUAUCUCCCUCGUAUUUGAUGAGAUAAAUCUGUAGCGAGUACAGUCAAAUCUAACUACUAUCCAAAGCCUUUUCUGCCCUUA